UGCAGGGCACAGCAGCACGCAGCCUCACGGAGGAACCGGGUUAAAUCGACCCUGGUCUGCCACCUGGUGUGGAGGGCUGUGACCCAGCGUGGGGGGGGGGGGGGCAUUAUGAGCGGGAAGAGCCUGCUGCUGAAGGUGAUCCUGCUGGGGGACGGCGGAGUGGGCAAGUCCUCUCUGAUGAACCGCUAUGUCACCGACCGCUUCGACUCCCAGUCCUUCCACACCAUCGGCGUGGAGUUCCUCAACCGGGACCUGGAGGUGGACGGGCGCCUGGUCACGCUGCAGAUCUGGGACACUGCGGGUCAGGAGCGCUUCAAGUCCCUGCGCACGCCCUUCUACCGGGGGGCCGACUGCUGCCUGCUCACGUUUGCCGUGAAUGACUUGCAGAGCUUCCAGAACCUCGGCGGCUGGAAGAAGGAGUUCAUGUACUACUCGGAUGUCAAGGACCCCGAGCGCUUCCCCUUCGUGGUGCUAGGCAACAAGGUGGACAUGGAGCAGAGGGAGGUGGGGGGGGACGAAGCCCGGGCCUGGUGCGAGGAGAGCGGAUGCUGUCCUUACUUUGAGACCAGCGCUAAGGAUGACACUAAUGUCACAGCUGCCUUCGAGGCGGCUGUCAGGGAGGUUCUCGCUGCCGAGGACCAGAUUGACCACGCACUACUGAGUAGUACGAUAGAUCUCCAUGGCAACCGCAAAGCCUCUCGCGCGUCUUGCUGCUGAUUGGUCAGGUGUGAAUCCACGAUGUCUUAACCUCUCUGGCUGAAACGUGCCUGAGGCAGUUUAAAGAGCCAGUCAUGUAUUGUUUAUGGUACACAUGCUGUAGGUACAGGCUACUGAUAACAGUAUCCACUAAAGAUUAUACAGAUACGAUACAGCGGCUCUGAGGGGGCGGGGUCAAGGACUUCAGCUGGCGUCUAGAUUGAUGAAUUAACAAACGGUACAGGCACACUCAUCCUUUCUACUGCUUCCAGUGGUGUUGCACAAGAACAUUUUAACCCAGCUUUGUCUGCCUAGGCAGGGCUUUUAUCAAAGAGUGCUUUCACAGCAUUUAUUUUAAUCAAAAAUAAUUAGAAUUUUAAUUAACACAGUGGAAGAGAGAAGAUACCAGUCCUCUACCGAAGAGCACACUCCACAGCCACUCUACUAUUUGUCUAUGAGCUGAUUCUACAUGGUUUUAGAACGAUCGAAUAGCCUUCUCUUUUUAUCAGAUAUGUUAGCGGUGGCUGGGGAGCCUGUGCAUUUCUCUGUCAGCGACUAAGUUCUCGAUCCAUGCCGAUCCUGUGAUUGAGAACUCCUGACAUCAGCGUGAUGACCAAUAUGAUUCGGGGGCUACGUGGAAGAUUGAUGCACUUUUGUCUUUAAUAAGAAGGGAAUUAUUUAUUGUUAUUUUGCAGCUCUUGCCUCAGACAUCGGGUACGGGCUAAUGAGGUGCUCUUAUUCGUUGAUCUGUUACCACUGGUCGACCGAUAUUGUUUUUUAAGGGCUGAUAAAGAUUUUUAGUGGUUGAGAAGACCGAUAACUACAUAAUAUAUAGGCUACAUUUGCAGUAAUGAUUUAAUUCUUAUUGUCCAAAUGUAGAAUAACAAAAACACAAAACUACCGCUACAGGAAGUCAAGGUACAACUGCUGUGGUGUCCAGAAGAUUCUAUUAUUUUGUUCACCCCAUUUAACAUCACCAAACACUACAUCCUCCAGAAUGAUCAAACAGUUAAGGUUACAACUUUCUAAAAGACUUUGGAUUAAAAGUGUCACACGGGAAAGGGUUUAUUGGAAGACUGUUGUAUUACACUGCAUUAGUUUAGCUAGGUGUUGCCUAAUAAAAUGCUCACUGAGUUUAUAUUUGUAAUUUUCAGAUGAAUGCACAGGAUGUAAAGUUCCAGAAUGAACUUAACUACUUGCUCUCUGUGUGGACCUCGAUGCACAUACGCCUGGUAUCCUCAAUUGAUCUCUAAUUUAAUCAUUUAAGAUUACGUCAUUAUUUGACCCAUACCCCUUUUAAAAUGUAACUCAUUAAUAUUUACCAAGAGUAGAGUUCAAUUGACUCUCAUUCUACUUUUGUCUGAGGACAUUUUUACACAAAUUACUUUAACUCCCCCAGAUUAAAAUUUCUUUUAGGUAACAACAGUUUUCAUCUCAGUGUUUUGCUGUUUUCUUCAUUACAGUGUUAAUUACCUGCUCUACAUUUAAACAGCUUUGCUAAAGCACUUAUAGCUCUCUACUUUUUCUCAUUAAUUCCAGAGUUGAUUACUACAAGUUAUUGAGCGAUGGCUCCCUCUCACUCUCUCACCCUCUCUUGCUCAGUGUGUCUUGGGUGGAUCAACAAAUGAACCCGUUAAUUAGAUUGUGAUGGUUUUGCAUCUUCAGCGAAGUGGAUUGUGAUGUCACAACCUCUGUAAAACGCUGCUUUACCUUCGGCUAACAGCUCGGAGCGUUCACCGCAGCUGCUCUAGUGUAUAGGUUCGUCUUUGCCCGUCUGGACCUUCAGUUUUAUAGGUUAUUACUUGUGACGUGUGACCAAUCGGUGAUGUGGGCGGGACAUUGCUAGAGACAGAGUGUUGAUGACAAACAGGAAGCGGCGGCUACAUCAGAACAAAAGUAGCUCAUUUUUAUUUGCAAAAAGAGACUGAUAAUCGUGAAAAUGCUAAAAAGGCAAAUAUUCAGUCGUCUCCUUCACUGUGUAGCUGCAGGCACGACACCUACGAUGCCAGACAUCCGACCAUAUUCACUUAUUGCUUUAUGUUUAUGGACCUUUAUACUAUUAAAGGUUUAGCAAAUCUCCAUUAAAUAAUCCUGCUGUUGUUGUUAAACUGCUGUUAAGUUUUUCUGAGAAGCACACUUUCAUCCUUUAAUGUUUUUUUCAUAGUUUACUCAUCUGAUAUUUGCAUAAGGCAUCUGUUUUGGAUCAGCGGCUGAUGAAAGUUGGUGUUUCCUGAUAUGUAGGUGAAGUUAUAAUUAUUUUCAUAGUCACGGCAUGUUAGUAAUCCCAUGUCUGCCUCUGCUGGUCCCGUAGCUGGACUUCACUUUGCAGUCCUUCAGCUUUGCCAGUUCUCAUAGUCUCCUGAUCUUUACUGAUAUAACUGAAGCAUCACACACACACACACACACAUACAAACACAAACACACACAUCUUGUGCUGUCACUCCGGUCACUCCUUGUCUCAGCUGAAUGCGAGACAGCAUGAGCACUAUGAUAAUGCCGUUACUACUAAUGUGUGUGUCGCCUCUCCUGUCCAUUCAUACAGCAACGUGUGAAACUUGCAUCUGACUUUUCUGAGAACUUGAUGAAAUUGAUCGGUACUUUAUUUUUAUUUCAGUGUUCUUCUAACAGACCGGUUUAUUUACCACGGACCUUUGGUUUUAGCUGCUGUUGUCCAGAGGGCAGUGUUUUCUUGCCUGUGUGUUUUAAAAAAAAUAAUAUUCAAACUGAGUUAAAGACGGUUUCAAUAGAAUCUCUUCGGUAUUUCAGUUGCUGCUUGAACAGUAUUUUAUAUCUCCUCAAACAACCAAACCUGUUGCAUAAAUAAGAUCAAAUCUUUUGGUUGUCUGAAUGCACAAAGUCGCUAUGGUUUCUAAUUAUGGGUCCACGUUCUCAUACCUUUUUUAUGUUGUGUUGAUGCGAUUGUGUAGUUUGUGUAGCACAUUAUUUGCCUUUCAAGUAGAAAAAAUUGCAGCAUUUUUCCAUGACUGCUGACUAAUGGUGAACAUUACAAUAGUUUCACUGUGAAAAGGAACUUGGUCCAAUCAGGUACUAGCUUAUUUACUUUUAAUGUGGGUGAAUAGCUCAAGUAUAUGUUCAUUGUUAAAAGGUUUUAUAAGAUGUGAUUGAGUUUACGAGAAAGUUUUAUUAACUGUGAACUGAUUAGGGCAUUUUGAGUGGAGCUGUAAGCUAAAUCAAUUUUAAAAAAAAUAAAAAAUCAGGGCUCAAGUUAAUCAUUUUUCUGUGUUUUUAUUUUUUUGGAUCAAACAAAAAUACUUUGUCUGUUUACUAUAUUUUUACCAUUUCAGUUUAUAACCUGUUCAGAUAAUGUAGCGUACCACAGUGUUGACCUGAAAUGGAACAUACCUGAGAACCAGUCGGCUGGUAGCAUUACUCUAAUGCUCUAGUAUGUUGCUCUCAUGUUUCUGUCUUAUAUCACUGCAACCCAGUCUCAUGUCAGUGUUUCUUUUUAAAUGUGACUGUAAUAUUUAUGAAUGUAAAAAUCUAAUUUCUUUGGGCUGUCUAAAUUAAUGGCCUAUGUUGAAUUGCAAAAGGCAUUCAUUUUUAUAAUUCUGUACAAAAUGACAGUGAACGUCUGUUUUACCCUCGUCCUAUGAGUGCGAUUGAGUGAAAGUUUCCACUGUUCGUCUUGAUUCUGUGUUGAACUAAUGGUACGACUUUCCUUGCUCCUGUUCUUUUGCACUACGGAGGAUGAGACCGGGUUGUGCCAACAUGCUGGCAAAGCGUUGAACACCCUCCAGUGCUUGGCUACAAAUAAAAACAUGCGGCAUACCAAAAGGAAA